AUGAGAUUUCCCAACACAGCUGGUACUGGAACGCUGUGGACCGUGCGUGGCACAAUGCCACUCUACCCCACAAUGUUCUGCCAGUUUGUUGUGAUCUGCUGUGAUAAUGGUGAUCCAUUAGCAAAUGAGCUUGUUUGCAACUGCUUGGGCUCACUGCGCUCUGCAUGCACAUAUGCUUGCCAGCUGCUCGAGGCAUCCUUUUGUUUGUUGUGCGAUGGCACUGCUUGUGCUGCUGAAAGUGUGGCACUGGUGUUGUGUCAGCUUAAUGGACGAAGGAGCCAAUACCACGGAGGUGUGAUUCACAGGAAUGGGCUGCUGCAAGUGCCAUUGCCGAACUGGUUGAGUGUUCUAGCAAUGCGGAUGCACAGGGAAACGUCUGCAUUCGGUGGAACACCACCCAACCACGUGCUUGUAAAUGCCUACAUGCCUGGGCAGGGAAUCCUGGCUCAUGAGGACGGGCCAGUUUAUCAUCCUGGCGUUUGCAUACUGUCGCUUGGUGCUUCAACGGUUCUGAAUUUCUGGAGAAAGGAGGCGCCUGGAGGUUCACGGUCACUCGACCCCGAAAUGUCUGUCCUGCUGAUGCCCCGAAGUUUGCUCGUGUUUCUGGACGAUGCAUACGCGGACUGCCUCCAUGGGAUUGAUGAGGUUGUCGAGGACAGGCUGGAUCCGUCAAUUUGCAAUCUUGCCGUGUGCGGCAUGGAGACUGGAAUGCGUCUGCCCAGAGUUGGGGAACGCGUGUCUUUGACUGUUCGGCGGGUGAAGAGGGUGCAGAGGAACCUGAUCAAGCUGGCAUAA